AUGGCUCUGUCAUUUCUUUUCGGUUUGUUAUUACUAUCUCAAACACCAUUCAUAUCAUCAUCACCAUCUUCUCCUUCACCACCAUCGGUUUUGAAACCAGGUUCAUCUCUCUGGGUGGAGAACGAACAUGACUUGUUGAUCUCACCAAAUGGCUUUUUCACUGCCGGAUUCUACAGUGUUGGAGAGAAUGCUUAUUGCUUUUCAAUAUGGUAUACUAAACCUCUCUCAGAUGGAAGCCAUACCAUAGUUUGGAUGGCUAACCGAGAUGUACCAGUUAAUGGAAAACGCUCAAAGCUAUCCUUGUUGAAAACUGGAAAUCUGGUUUUAAGGGAUGCAGAUCAACCCUUGCCAAUUUGGACCACAACUUUUAGAGACUCAACAGAAUCUGCUCAGUUGAAAAUGAAUAACUCUGGAAACCUUUACCUACAAAGCCAAGAUGGCCAAAUCGUUUGGCAAAGCUUUGCCUCCCCAACAAAUACCCUUCUUCCCUAUCAACUCCUCACCAAAGAUACACCACUUGUCAGUUCAAGAAGUUCAACCAAUCAUUCUUCGGGGUUCUACAAGCUCCUUUUUGACAAUGAUAAUGUCCUUCGACUUGUCUAUGAUGGUCCUCAGGUGACAGGUGUUUAUUGGCCAUCUCCUGAGCUACGAGCAUGGGAAUCUGGUAGGAGCACCUACGGAUACCGAAGGAUUGCAUCCAUGGAUUCUUCAGGUCAUUUCAUCUCAAGUGAUGGUUUAUUCUUCAAUACAUCAGAUGUUGGAGAUCAGCCAGCCCGAAGGUUGACUGUGGAUACUGAUGGUAACUUACGAGCCUACAGUCUGGAUGAGUUGAGAGGGGUUUGGCGAGUUACAUGGCAGGCCAUAUCUGAAACUUGCAGACUUCAUGGAUCUUGUGGAGAAAAUGCUACGUGUUCGUACAAUCCUGGUCUUGGUAGGCAGUGCUCCUGCCUCCCUAAUUACAGGAUGAUCAAUCACACAGACUGGUCAUAUGGUUGUGAACCAGAAUUCAAGCCAUCCUUAUGUGGCAAUGGUGAGGACAACUUCCUACAACUUGCUCAUUUUGAUUUCUAUGGCUAUGAUGCUAAAUACUUGCCCAAUACAACAUUAAAUGCAUGUAAGAAAGAGUGUGCAAACAUCUGCAACUGCAAAGGAUUCCAGUUCAAGUAUGAUAGAACCCAAGGCUUUUUUCUUUGUUACCCCAAAUUUAAGUUGUUGAACGGAAUCAUCUCCGUGAAUAUAAACGGUUCCAUCUAUCUGAAGCUGCCCAAAAGUAUCUCCCUAUCUUCGAGUAACAAGAAGGCUGCUGAAGGAUUCAGCUUAAACUGUAGUGGGAAACCUACAAUCCAACUUGACAGGGCUUAUGACAAGAACGCUGAACAAGAGUCCAUGAAAUACCUGAUGUUAUUUACUUAUGUAUUUGGUGCAUUAGAGAUCAUUUGCAUUACCUACUUCUUUUAUAGAACCCGAAAUCCAAGCAUAUCUACACAAGGUUACCUCCAAGCUGCAACUGGGUUUAAAAGAUUCAGCUAUGCCCAAUUAAAGAAGGCCUCCAACAAUUUCAGCAACGAGAUAGGAAGAGGAGGUGGUGGCAUCGUGUACAAAGGAGUAUUGUCAGACAACCGAGUUGCAGCAAUCAAGCAUCUUAAAGAAUUUAGCAACAACCAACAUGAACCUGAACUUCUGGCAGAGAUAAGUACCCUUGGGAGGCUUAACCACAUGAAUUUGAUAGAGAUGUGGGGGUAUUGUGCUGAGAGAAAACACAGUCUUUUGGUUUAUGAGUAUAUGGAGAAUGGGUCAUUGGCUCAAAAUUUGCAUUCCAAUAAGCUGGAUUGGGGUAAGAGGUUUGACAUUGCAGUGGGUACUGCGAAAGGUCUUUCUUAUCUACAUGAAGAAUGCUUGGAAUGGGUAUUGCAUUGUGACGUUAAGCCUCAUAAUAUAUUGCUGGACAGCGAUUACAAGCCAAAGGUAGCAGAUUUUGGCCUGUCGAAGUUAUUGGACAGAGAUGGAAUUCGUAAUUCACAGUUCACGAGAGCAAGAGGAACAAGAGGUUACAUGGCUCCGGAAUGGUUGUUUGUUAAUUCUCCAAUAACAUCAAAAGUUGACGUAUAUAGCUACGGGGUGGUGAUGUUAGAGAUGAUAACAGGUCGAAGCCCAAUAAAUAAUGCCAAUCAAAGCGGGGGAUCGGAAAGAAGGCUGGAUAGCUGGGUGACAGCAGUUAUGGCAGCAGCUGGUGGAAAGAAUGACUGGAUGGAAGAGAUCAUAGACUCUAAAGUUGAUGGAAAAUAUGACAAAAAGAGAAUGGAAAUUCUGAUCAAGGUGGCUUUACAGUGUUGUAAUGAAGAUAAGGAUGCAAGACCAAGCAUGAGCCAGGUGGUGGAUAUGCUGCUAAAUGUAGAAGAAGGCAAUUCUUAAUAUGGAAAUGUAAUCUAAUCAUUAUCUUUG